UAGCUCCAGUUAUCAUUUACAGAGCAUCCUGUCCUUAGUAUAUCAGAGUUGGUUGUGUUGUUAGUGCUAACUCUUAGCCCUGAUGUGGUGAUCUAACCCUGAGUGAGAAUUGGGAAACAAGACCAGUCGCGGCAGUGCUUUCGUGAUGGAGUGUGGCCUUGUAAAACCGGACUCACCUUCCGAGGAAUCUAGUAUUUUAAGUGACAGUAGGCCUAGCAGUAGCUGUAGUCUUGGCGACGUCGAUGCAGAUAGUAGCCGAAACGGACAUACCAACGAAAGUGGACGCCAAUCGCAAAAUGAUCCUCAGGGUAAAACCUCUAACAGUGUACUGGAGUUUUCGACACAUGAGCUCCGACCCUUGCGAAUGACUGCAGUAUCUCCGGAGGAACUCGCUUCCGACCAAGAACACCAAAAAGUCGAUAACAGUUCAGAAAUGCAUCAUUCGAACCAUUCAGAGGAACUGCAAGUGGAUAAUGUCGACCGUGCAUUUAACGGAUCAACAGACACUCCCUCAUUGCUACAGGAAAUUGUUCAGUUGCGACCUGUAAAGACUCCAGAAGCGGUAUACGGAGAAGAGAAAGAAAGUUCCACUGAAUUUGACAGUUCCGAUGAUGCUUUUAAUAUUAUGGAUACCAUUCUGGAUGACGAUGGCUCCUUGGAACGAAUCAGGUCUGAAAAGCUCUCGUCUUUAUCCACCGACAGGCCUAAAGGGGACCAAGGCGUGGCCUUUCAGUUUGGCCAUUGGGAAAGGGAACAAUCACACUCUGUAAAGCUUGUGAAAGUCACGAAAAAGCACGCGAGUGUCAAAAGGUCUACCAGCGUCGACCGUGACAUCGAACAGCGAUAUGUUGCUUCGAUGGAACAUCACAUCAGGCAGCUAAAAGAUGAACGUGAAAGUGUGCAGAAGAAAACGUUUAUGAAAUGGGUGAACUCUCAUUUGGUGCGUGUCAAUGCUCGCAUUGGGGACCUCUAUGUCGAUCUGCGAGAUGGAAAGCAGCUGAUCAAACUCCUUGAAAUUCUCUCUGGGGAAAGACUACCACGUCCCACCAAAGGAAAGAUGAGGAUCCAUUGCUUGGAGAAUGUGGACAAAGCCCUUCAGUUUUUACGAGAUCAGCGUGUCCAUCUGGAAAACAUGGGUUCUCAUGACAUAGUGGAUGGGAAUGCCCGCCUUACCUUGGGUCUCAUUUGGACCAUCAUCUUGCGUUUCCAGAUCCAAGAUAUCACAAUUGAAGAAACUGAGAAUCAAGAAACUAAGAGUGCUAAGGAUGCUCUUCUCCUUUGGUGCCAGAUGAAGACAGCAGGUUACCAUAAUGUUAAUAUAAGGAAUUUUACUACAUCUUGGAGAGAUGGGUUAGCAUUUAAUGCCAUCAUUCAUAAACAUCGACCAGAUCUUAUCCAGUAUGAAAAGUUAUCCAGGUCCAAUCCUAUUUACAACCUCAAUAAUGCUUUCAAUACUGCAGAGAACAAAUUGGGAUUGACCAAACUUUUGGAUGCAGAAGAUGUAUUUGUUGAGCAACCAGAUGAGAAGUCCAUCAUCACAUACGUUGUCACUUAUUACCACUAUUUCUCCAAGCUGAAACAAGAAACUGUGCAGGGUAAACGUAUUGGGAAGGUGGUAGGCAUUGCAAUGGAGAAUGAUCGUAUGAUCAAGGAAUAUGAGGGCUUGACUUCUGAUCUUUUGCAGUGGAUUGAAAACACUAUUGAAUUGUUAAACGACAGAGUGUUUGUCAACUCUCUAGUGGGAGUACAGACGCAAUUGACUCAGUUCAAUACUUACCGCACAGUUGAAAAGCCACCGAAAUUUGUGGAAAAAGGUAACCUGGAGGUGCUGCUUUUUACUUUACAAUCUAAAAUGAGAGCUAACAACCAAAAACCUUAUCUCCCCAAGGAAGGAAAAAUGAUAAGUGACAUCAACAAGGCAUGGGAGCGUUUAGAAAAAGCUGAACACGAAAGGGAAUUGGCCCUGAGAGAGGAGUUAAUCAGACAAGAAAAGCUUGAACAGUUAGCAGCUAGGUUUAACCGCAAGGCAGGAAUGAGGGAAACUUGGCUCUCUGAAAACCAGCGACUUGUUUCCCAAGAUAACUUUGGAUUUGACCUUGCUGCAGUUGAAGCUGCCGCUAAAAAGCAUGAAGCCAUUGAGACUGACAUCUUUGCUUAUGAAGAACGAGUGCAAGCUGUUGUUGCAGUAGCAAAUGAGCUGGAAGUAGAAAGGUACCAUGAUAUUGAACGCAUCAAUGCAAGAAAAGACAAUGUAUUAAGAUUAUGGAAUUACUUGCUUGAACUGCUUCGACUUAGACGCAUGCGACUUGAACUUUCAUUGCAGUUGCAACAGAACUUCCAGGAAAUGUUGUAUAUUCUUGACUCUAUGGAAGAGAUGAAGCUGAGAUUAUUGAGUGAAGAUUAUGGAAAACACUUGAUGGGGGUAGAAGAUCUCUUGCAGAAACAUUCAUUACUAGAAGCUGACAUCAAUGUUCUUGGAGAACGUGUAAAAACAGUUAUUGAACAUUCACAGAGAUUCUUGGACGACGAACAAGUUGAAGGUUAUCGUCCAUGUGAUCCUUCUGUAGUUUUAGAAAGAGUGCAACAAUUAGAGGAUGCAUACGGAGAAUUAGUUAAACUUGCAGUGGAGCGCAGGUCACGCCUUGAGGAGUCAAGGAAAUUAUGGCAGUUCUAUUGGGACAUGGCAGAGGAAGAGAAUUGGAUCAAGGAGAAGGAACAAAUUUUGUCUACUUCAGACAUCGGUCAUGAUCUUAUCACAGUUAAUUUGCUCUUGACUCAGCACAAAGCUGUGGAAGAAGAACUGUUAUCACAUGAACCACAAGUCAAGGCUGUCGUUAAAAGUGGAGAGGAACUUAUUGCACAACAACACUUUGGUUCUGAUAAAAUCCAGGAGAGGAUAGAUGAGAUAAUGGGUAUGUGGAAUAGCUUAAAGGAACGUUCUUCAACCCGCAAGAAGAGACUUACAGAUGCUGUGGAUCUUCAUCAAUUCUAUACUGAAGCUGAUGAUGUUGAUACGUGGAUGUUGGAUAUUCUUCGUUUGGUUUCUAGUGAAGACACUGGCCGGGAUGAGGCAACUGUACAGUCCCUCCUUAAGAAGCACAAGGAUGUAACAGAUGAGUUGAAGAAUUAUGCCAGCACAAUUGAAGCUUUGCACCAGCAGGCUUCAGAACUCAAUCAAGUUGACCGUGAAUCUCCUGAUGUUGUGGAGAGGUUAGCGUCAAUUGACAGGCGUUACAAGGAACUACUGGAACUUGCUAAGAUGCGUAAACAGAGGUUACUCGAUGCUCUGUCCUUGUAUAAACUGUUUACAGAAGCAGAUGGUGUUGAACAGUGGAUUGGAGAGAAAGAACGUAUGCUGCAGACAAUGGUGCCAGCUAAGGAUAUUGAGGACUGUGAAAUCAUGAAGCACAGAUAUGAAGGUUUUGAACAAGAGAUGAAUGCUAAUGCUAGUCGUGUGGCUGUGGUUAAUCAGCUUGCUCGACAGCUGUUACAUGUUGAGCAUCCUAAUUCAGAUGAGAUUGUUGCUCGCCAAAAUCAGCUCAAUCAGCGAUGGGCAGAGCUCAGAGAAAAAGCCGAGGCUAAACGUGAAGAACUUAGUUCGGCUCAUGGUGUCCAGACAUUCCAUAUUGAAUGCCGUGAAACUGUUCUCUGGAUUGAGGACAAGAAACGUGUACUUAUGGAGACUGCAGAUCUGGGCACAGAUCUUAGUGGUAUUAUGACAUUACAAAGGCGAUUGUCAGGAAUGGAAAGAGACUUGGCCGCUAUUCAAGCUAAACUAGAUGCUCUAGAAAGAGAGGCAGACAAGAUCAGCCAGGAUCAUCCUGAAGAAGCUGAACUUAUUCGAGAACGUGUUGAACAAAUCAGAGCAGUAUGGGACCAACUAACACAGCUCCUAAAGGAACGCGAUGCUAAACUUGAAGAAGCUGGUGAUUUGCACAGAUUCUUACGUGAUCUGGAUCACUUCCAGGCUUGGCUCACAAAGACAAUGACUGAUGUAGCUUCUGAAGAUAUCCCAUCCAAUCUUGCUGAGGCUGAAAAAUUGCUCAGCCAACACCAGUCUAUACGUGAGGAAAUUGAUAACUACAGAGAAGAUUACACUAAGAUGAUGGAAUAUGGUGAGAGAAUAACGGCUGAAGAUGUUACUCCAGCAGAUGAUGCACAAUACAUGUUCUUGAGGGAGAGAUUGAAAGCUUUGAAAGAUGGUUGGGCAGAGCUCCAUCAGAUGUGGGAGAAUAGGCAACAGUUGUUAUCACAGUCUCUAAAUUUACAGAUGUUCUUGCGUGAUGCUAAACAAGGCGAGGUUCUUCUAAGUCAACAAGAACACUACCUUACCAAAGAUGAAACUCCCACAAACUUAGAGCAAGCUGAAAAUCUUAUCAAACGGCAUGAAGCGUUCCUUACAACAAUGGAAGCUAAUGAUGACAAAAUCAAUGGUAUCUGUCAGUUUGCACAGAGGCUUUUGGAUGAGGAACACUUUGCUGCUGAGAAAAUCCAAAAGAAAGCUGAGAAUAUUGAAGAACGUAGACAGCAAAAUAGAGAAAGAGCAAUGGAACAAAUGGAACGUUUAAGGGACCAACUUCAAGUACAUCAAUUUUUGCAAGAUUGUGAAGAACUUAAUGACUGGGUACAAGAGAAACACAUUAUUGCUCAAGAUGAGAGUUACCGUUCUGCAAAGACUGUUCAUAGCAAGUGGACAAGACAUCAAGCCUUUGAAGCUGAAAUUGCAAGUAACAAAGACAGGCUGGUCAGAGUACAGAAAGCAGGAGAAGAACUAGUUAAGGAAAAACCAGAAAUGGCAGAUAUGAUUGGACCAAAGAUAUCAGAAUUAAAUCGUCACUUUGAUGCACUGGAGACUACUACCAAAGAAAAGGGUGAACGUCUUUUCGAUGCAAAUCGUCAAGUUCUCUAUGAACAAACUUGUGAUGACAUAGAUACAUGGAUGGCAGAUCUUGAGAAACAGAUAGAAGGUGGAGACACUGGAAUGGAUCUCACCUCUGUCAAUAUUCUCAUGCAGAAACAACAGAUGAUUGAGACACAAAUGGCUGUGAAAGCAAAACAAGUAGAACAGUUGGAGAGCCAGGCAGAUUACCUACAACGUAUGACACCAGAAAAGACUGAGGAGAUCAAGUUGAUGAAAUCAAAAGUUGAAGCGAAAUUCGAGUCUCUGAAAGCUCCACUUGUUGAUCGUAACAGAGCAUUAGCCAAGAAAAAAGAAGCCUAUCAAUUCCGAAGGGAUGUUGAAGAUGAAAAACUUUGGAUUUUAGAAAAGAUGCCUCAAGCAAAGAGCCCUGAAUAUGGUAAUUCCUUAUUCACCGUCCAUAUGUUAAAGAAGAAGCUCCAGAGUUUGAGUAAUGAAAUAGACAACCAUGAACCUCGUAUUCACCUUGUAUGUGAAAAUGGAAGAAAACUAAUAGAGGAAGGUCAUGAAGAUGCUCAGGAAUUCCAAAGGUUACUUGAAGAGUUGUUAGAUCAUUGGUCUAAGUUGAAAGAUGCUUUGGAACACCGUCGGUCUAAGUUGUUGGUGUCUGAGAAAGCACAGCAGUAUCUGUUUGAUGCUGGUGAGGCUGAAGUGUGGAUGAGUGAGCAAGAGCUCUACAUGAUGGUAGAAGACAGAGGCAAAGAUGAGAUAUCAGCUCAGAAUCUUAUGAAAAAACACCAGAGUCUAGAAAAUGCAGUAGAUGAUUAUGCAGAAACUAUAAGACAGUUGGGAGAAACUGCUAAACAUCUUAUUAAUGAAGGGCAUCCUGAGAGCGAACAGAUUGGCAUUAGACAAUCACAGAUUGACAAGCUCUAUGCGGGAUUAAGGGACCUUGCAGUAGAGAGACGAAGCAAAUUAGAUGAAGCCCUUAAGUUGUUCAUGCUUAACCGAGAGGUUGAUGACCUUGAACAAUGGAUAGCAGAGAGAGAGGUUGUUGCUGGAUCUCAUGAAUUAGGACAAGAUUAUGACCAUGUAACAAUGUUGCGAGACAGAUUUAAGGAGUUUGCCCGAGACACUGAAUCUAUAGGCACUGAACGUGUGGCAGCUGUAAAUGAAAUAGCUGAUCAGUUAAUAUUAGCAGGACAUUCAGAUGCAGCUACAAUUGCUGAAUGGAAAGAUGGUCUUAAUGAAUCUUGGGCUGACUUACUUGAAUUGAUAGAAACGCGCACACAGAUGUUGGCUGCCUCUUGGGAGCUUCAUAAGUUCUUCCACGACUGCAAAGAUGUCUUGAGUCGAAUCUUAGAAAAACAGAACAGUAUAUCAGAUGAGCUUGGCAGAGAUGCAGGUUCAGUUUCAGCCUUACAGAGAAAACACCAGAACUUUGUGCAAGAUCUUGUCAUGCUUCAACAACAGGUACAACAAAUACAAGAAGAUUCUUCCAAGUUGCAAGCAGCUUAUGCUGGAGACAAAGCUAGAGAAAUUACCAAUAGAGAAGCAGAAGUUGUCUCUGCCUGGUUGAACUUACAAGGCAUGUGUGAGGAGCGUCGCAUCAAAUUACAUGACACUGGAGACCUCUUCAAGUUCUUCAAUAUGGUGCGAACUUUAAUAUUAUGGAUGGAUGAUGUCAUAAGACAAAUGAACACUACAGAAAAACCAAGAGAUGUCAGUGGUGUAGAAUUACUAAUGAACAACCAUCAAAGCCUCAAAGCAGAAGUUGAUGCAAGGGAAGACAACUUCAAUGUGUGUGUUUCCCUUGGUAAGGAAUUGUUAGCGCGUAAUCACUAUGCGACGUCAGAGAUCAAGGAAAAGCUCAUGUCUUUGAGUAACCAACGUAUCAACAUGUUGCAGCGCUGGGAAGAACGAUGGGAACACUUGCAACUAAUACUUGAAGUGUACCAGUUUGCUCGUGAUGCAUCAGUGGCUGAGCAGUGGCUCCUGGCACAGGAACCUUACUUGCAAUCUGCAGAGUUGGGCUGUUCCAUUGAUGAAGUUGAAAAUCUGAUUAAAAAACAUGAAGCUUUUGAUAAGGCAUGUUCAGCGCAGGAGGAGCGGUUUGCUGCUUUAGAAAGAUUAACGACGCUGGAAUUGCGUGAGCAAGAUAAACGUCUAGGCCUGUCGGAUGAACAGGGUCGAGCAGUGUACUAUGGCCAACGCUACGGUGAUGAUGAUCCGUAUGAGCUGAAAGAACUUAAAAGAAAACAAGAGGAGGAGGAGAAAGAGCGUCAGAGACAAGAAGAACUGGCCAAACAGGCAGCUGCUCCUCCCCAACCUUCACCUGAUCAACCUAAAGAUGGAACUGAUGGUGCUGAUGACUCACAUCUCAAUGGGGAAGAACAUGAUGAAUCGCGAGAAGCUGUAGGGCUUCCAUCAUCUGGUAUUCCUACCAAGAGUAAAUCACACACAUUACCCAGAGAGCAUGAGGAGAGAGGAGCAGCUAGAGGGGGCAGUGCACCCAGCACACCUCGCCCACCUUCCACUCCUGCAACCCCUGCCACUGCAUCAGGUGCAGUACGUGGGCGCCCAGGCUCCUCUGCUACGCUACCAGCGCAGUCACCUUCCACACCAACUUCCCCCCCAACUCCUGCUAGUAAGGAGUCACGACGAAGGGUGCGUUCUAGGUCGAAGUCUCCAUUCCGCUCUUUCCGCUGGAAGAAAACGAAGCCUCCAUCCGAAGCACCGGGUAGUGCAUCAGACGAUGAAUCCAAUCUGGAGAGGGCAGCAGAACGACCUAGCCCCAGUGGAGAUGAAGAUCAGCUGGAAGGUAGCUUAGUUCGUAAACAUGAAUGGGAGUCUGCUUACAAAAAGGCUUCAAAUCGAUCCUGGGAAAAAUUGUUCUUGGUGCUGCGGGGCAACAUGUUAUUCUUCUAUAAAGACCGCAAGAGUUACCAAGCAGCACCAGAAGUCUAUUUCAAAGGUGAAGCACCAAUUGAUGUAUCUGGUGGUCAAGCUUCAGUUGCGGAUGAUUAUACAAAGAAAAAACAUGUACUAAGACUAAAACUUGUCAGUGGUGCUGAAUAUUUGUUCCAAGCCAAAGAUGAAGAAGAGUUAGCCAUUUGGGUUGGAGCCCUCCAAGUAGCUGUGUCUUCUGAAGGCUCUGCUGGCCCUUCACGAUCUCAGACACUACCUGCUGGUGCUGAGAAAAAAGAUGAACCUAAGCGACGAGGCUUCUUUACCUUAAAGAAGAAAUAAUUGACUAUUUUAUCUAUAAAUAUGCCAGCAUCAGUUUCCUUUAAUCAUCAUUUGGAUCUGUAUCUCCAUAUUCACUUUCUUCAUCCUUAUUCUCUUCUCUAGUCCAAAAUCUUCUCACAGCUUCAAAUCCAUCAUGGAAUUUUAAAUAAUUAUAUUAAUGGGAGUUGGAAUGCUAUUGCUGGUCUGGGCCAUGUUGUUAGCUGCUAUUUUGUUGUAGCUGGGAGUGGAGCAGAAAUAUAUUUUGCUUUGGCAUCAUCAGCUUCAAUUUUAUGCAAUGUUUUCCAUGCUGGGUUUGAACAGUUGCAUCAUCAAAUCAUUCAUUUUCCCUUCAUAAAGAAAUAUUUUUAUUCCCUUCCCAUAGCUGGGACUAGAGUUGUGUUGACAGUACCACUCAUGGUAUUAAUUUUCUCUAAAGAAGUAUAAACUGUUGACAGUUUGUGUAAUAACUGGUGGAAAGAUGAAAUGUAUUGGUGCAGUUCCCAAAUCUUAAAGUCUGCCUAGCACUGCCAUGGCUGAGUUUUCCGAUGAGCGACCUCCUUAUUACUGGAGGGUAUGUGUGUGGAAUUGUAUAUUUAGUGUUAUGUCAAAUGUCAUUUUCUUUUAUCAGAGUAAUUUGUUAAUUUUUAUUAUCUAUCUUUGAGUGUAGUAUCACAGUUUUGACUAGAUGGCACUUACUUGUACAGAAAUGAUAGUCUUGCUUAUUAUACAGCUUUGUGCUUCAAUUUUUAUUAGAUAUUCAUGUAUCACUACUCCAUAGUUCUUCAGAUCAUUACCAGAGUAUUGUGGGAGGAGGCCAGCCUGUACCUUGGUUCUUCUGUAUAAAUAGGAACAUCUCAAAUCUGCUUUAUGGUAAAUGUAUAGCACUUAUAACCUUUUCAUUUUUCCUCAAAAUUUGGUCUGGUCAUUUUGAAUUGCAAUCCAUUUCCAAGAGUCUGCAAACUCCACAACUGGCAAGGAAUGAAGAACCAUCAGCAAGUUGUAUGGAGAAGCUGCCACCUCUACCAGAAGGCCAGUUUGCCUCUGUGGUCCAUAUGAACAUGGUAGGAUGAUUUGCAUACACUGCUGCUCGACUUUUGUGCUUUAACUAACUUCUAAUGACAGGCUGAUUGGUUAUCUGCUGGGGUUAAAUUUUUGUAAUUUUUUUUUCCAUUCUUUACUACUAAAGACUAGUAAACAGCAGUUUUUCUAGUCAUUUGUAAAUUUCUAUUCGCUCACCUUAAUCUCACUGUCAUAUACGUAGUGUGUAUAUGCUCUUCUGUGAGGGUUUCAGUGGAAUCAUGGCAUCUAAUUACAAGAUUUAGUUGCUUCAAAUUGUUGUUAUACCUUACGCACAGCUAACUCUAUUUGUUAGCUGUGAUGUUGUUUUUGUGGUUGUCUAAAUUGUUUGAUAAAUUUUGGAUGUUACUGUUGUAGCUGAAUGAAUGUAGGAAUUCUCCAGCAGAGAAAACAAGCAGUCUAUGGUGACUAACAACAGUGUUAUGCAGUUUCCUCGUGAAGAGGCUCUUCCUCCUCAUGGUCAUUUGCCACUAACUUUUCAAUGAGAGGGAUGUUAGAUACAUGCUUCAUAGCUUCCUAGCUGUAGGGUAACAUUUCAGUCUAAAUUGAGUUAAGAGAGGUAAUUUUAAUUGUUAAAGAUAAAGAAGUGACCACUGUAUAUCAUAUAUUGUGACACUUAAAUAAAAUGGUUUAAGCUAUAA